CUCGGCAGGAGUACUGUUCACAGUUUAGUUUCAGAGCUAGUAGAAUACACUUGUAAAGGAAAAUAAUUUCAUUCGACACAAAUUUUCGCAUAUACCAUACUUAUUUUAUCGUCCAUUUGAAUAUUGAGUUCUUGAAUUAUUUUGAACACUAUAGUGUAAUAGGUAUCUUUUCAGUAACUCGUUUAUAUAUUCACAGUUGCGUCAAUUAAAAAUUUUUUGAACGGAUUUAGUUUGUGUGAACUACCUAUUUGAAAUAUGUUGGAAACAGUACUACCAAAAAAGCAGGCUACCGGAGAUUGCGUCGAAAUGAGGGAAUUGACUGCCAGAAUUUGUCGGGAUUACCUGCACGGCGCUUGGAAAAGGGUUAACUCUAAAAAUAUUGGCUUCAAACAUAUCAGUGGUGGAUUGUCCAACCUUCUUUAUCACGUCUCCCUCCCAGACAAUCUUCUGACCGAUCCAAAAACGCAAGAUGAGCCCAAAGAAGUCCUCAUCAGGGUGUACGGCCAAACUCACGGAGAGGGAGCCAUAGAAUCCCUAAUCACCGAAUCCGUCAUCUUCACCCUCCUCUCCGAACGCGGGCUGGGGCCAAAACUUCACGGAAUCUUUCCAGGUGGAAGAAUCGAAGAAUACAUCAAUGCCAGACCUCUCUUGAACAGAGAACUGGCCGACCAAAGACUGAGUGUACUUAUAGCACAAAAAAUGGCAUCAAUUCAUUCCAUGGAGGUACCUCUUCAUAAGGAACCAGAUUGGUUGUGGAAUACUCUUGGUAGGUGGCUAAAAACUUGUAUUGCGAUACCAACCAGUAACAUACCCGAAUGUGCUAGAGUGUUGUUUGAAAAAACCGAUUUCAAGGCAGAGAGAAACUGGCUAAAACACAGAUUGGAAGCCGAAGACUGCCCGGUUUAUUUUUGUCAUAACGAUCUGCAGGAAGGAAACAUUUUAUUAUCCAGAGAUGCAGAUUUAGAUAACAAUAAUGAGCAACCGGAACUCGUGAUAAUUGACUUCGAAUAUUGUUCCUACAAUUACAGAUCCUUCGAUAUUGCGAAUCAUUUCGCAGAAUGGGUUUACGACUAUACGGAACCCAACCACCCCUUCUAUAAAGAGGAUUGGUCGAAGUAUCCUUCAGAAAAACAAAGGAUGGAAUUCAUCAGGGCCUACUUAGAUGAAUCAGGAUCGCGAGAGAACCCUAAAAAAGUACUUAGAGAAGUGGAAGUCUUUUCGCUAGCAUCACAUUUCUUCUGGGCUAUUUGGGCAUUCAUUAACGCUGAAACAUCAAAUAUUCCUUUCGGAUACUGGGAGUAUGCAUGCGCGAGACUGAAUACCUACUACAAGUUGAAACAGAAGCUCUCCGGUAGCAUGCAGCUCAAAAGAAAAAUGGAUGAAUUGACUGUAUAAGAGUUGCACAUAUGACCAUCUUUCGACUUCUGUUAAAGAUGGUUUUCAAACCUGACUGGGAAAUGUGUGAAGAAAAGAAUCACAUGUCGUGAUAUUUCUGUGAGAAAGUUAAUCUCUUAUACUAUUAUGAAAAAUUAUUCUCUUAUCACCACCUAAAUUAUGAAUAUAAUCUACACUCAAAUAUCAUAUCGAUAUGGAUAUUUCUCUAGAUGAUAGAGUCAUUGUACGUAUGUACAAACAACGUGAGAAGAUGGUUGUCGAGAUUUUAUACUUAUGUUAUAUACUUUUUUAUUUUUGGUAAAUAUUAUUUUAAGGAUUAUUUUAGAAUGUAAGUGAAAUGUACUUACUGUUCACGACUGAGAAUUUGAAUACUAAUUACAUUUUCAUCGUUCGUUUGAACAUG